CACUGCACGACCAUGUCAGCGCCGGCAAUCGACUCCGUAUCGGAAAAUCUGACGUGCACUGACCUGUACGCCCACCGCACAGUGGCGCGGGUGCUCUUUCCGCUGGCCUACUCGAUCAUCUGCCCGGUGGGAGUGCUUGGGAACGCCCUGGCGCUGCACGCCAUCUUCUGCAACUUGGCCAAGCUCAACUCCAGCACGCUGUACUCGGCCAAUCUGGCCGUGUCGGAUCUGCUCCUGUGUCUGGCGCUGCCGAUCCGAGGGCUCUACUACGCUCUGGGAUUUCACUGGCCCCUUGGGGAGGGGUUAUGCAAGGUCACGGCACUGCUUUUCUACGUUAACUGCUACGCCGGGGUCAAUUUCAUGACCUGUCUGGCUGUGGAUCGAUUCGUCGCAGUGGCCCUGCGCCCCAAGUUGGCGGGGCUUAGGAACAUGCGGAACGUGAAGUUAAUUUGUUUGAUGAUGUGGUUGGUGGUGCUGGCGCAGACUUUGCCAUUACUGAGCAUGCCGAUGACAAACCAGGAGCCCGAUGGCACUAUAACCUGCAUGGAAUAUCCUAAUUUUGAGCACAAACUUGAAGGCCUGCCCUAUAUGCUGAUUGGCGCUGUGGUUUUAGGAUUUGGAAUACCACUGGGGACGAUCCUCAUCUGCUACUCGGUGCUAUCGCGCAGGUUAUGGCUAGCUGCCAAGGCUAACCGCCUGACUGAACGUUCUGGGAGGACUCACAAGGCAAGGACGGUGAUUGCCGGCGUGGUUCUGGUGUUCGUCGUGUGUUUCAGCCCGUACCACGUCGACCUGCUGCAGUACAUGAUCCGGAAGCUUGCGUACGAGCCGGACUGCGAUGAGCUGCGAUCCUUCCAGAUAUCGCUGCACGUAACAGUGUGUCUUAUGAACUUCAACUCGUGCCUUGACCCGUUCGUUUACUUCUUCGCCUGUAAAGGCUACAAGAGGAAAGUGCUCAUGCUUUUGAAGAGGAAGGUCAACACUUCGAUCACCAGUGCAGGACACAGUUCACAUGAAAGUUCAGGGACUCAAGAUCAGCAAACUAUUUUUUUCAGAGGGAACAGUCACCAAAGCAAACUCACAGCCCUGAAUGCCAGAGCGAACAGCUCCUGA